AUGAUUCUUAGCGGUCUUCAGAUCGUUACCCGCCACCUGGUGCGUAACCUGCGACACAUUGCUCAACAGCAACAGCCAUGCGGGGUUGAUAUCACCCUACGUCAAGUCUUUGUGUGGAAAUCAGCGGCUACCAUUGAUUUUGAUAACACCAAGCGCCAGGCGGCCGAGACUUCUGUCCUGCCUUUUGAAACCACUAGUUCUAAGAUCAACUUACAGCCGGGCGCAUAUUUGAUCGAUUUCAACGAGACAGUUGAGGUUCCACGAGAUUGCAUGGCAACUGUUUUCCCUCGAUCAUCACUCUGGAGGUCUGGAAUUGGAAUACAUGCCGGUGUGGUCGAUGCUGGAUAUCAGGGUGCGAUAGGAGCUUUGAUGGAAGUGAAGAAUCCGAAUGGAGCUGUGUUGUAUAAGAAUGCAAAACUUGCCCAGAUUGUGUUCGAACAAAUGACAGACACCGUCGAGGGAUACAGCGGUAUCUAUCAAUCCUCGACGAGCAGUGUUGGACGCACAGGAGUGUCAAGCUCUAAAGCAUCAAGCAAAUGA